AUGGAUGAGAUUUUCGAACAUUUCCAUAAAGUAUUUGAAGAUAUGACCUUUUCAGGGUUCUUUACUCCAAAGUUCAGAAAUCAGUCACCACGUGAUGAAAUGCUACGCCGACCGGCGAAUGAAUCAGAUUACUUGCAAGUGCCGGAGCCGUGGAUGCCUUUUCCGUUUUAUGGAGACUUGGUAAAACCAGAUAUGAUGGACAGAAAAAUGUUCAGUGAGACUUUGAGGCAAAUAGAUCCUCCUGACUUUAAAAAAGGAGACAUUAUCAUUGAUGGUCAACCAGCUAAUGCCCCGUACGCUGAGAAGCGUGACUCAUCAGUACGCAGUUGGGUCAGUUCUUUCACCAGCAAAAAGCUCAUAGUAAAUAACGGCGAAGUGAAAGAGUUACAAAAAAGAGUGGUUCGUGAACCAGAUGGUACUGAAGUUCAUACCACGAUUGAACGGUCAUGUGAUGGGGAAAAGAAACAUGUUAUUUAUAUGAGACCUGACGGUCAACAGUCCCAAACUGCGAAUAGUGAAGGUUUACUAAUUAUGGACCCAAGCCCAUCCAUGAAAGAAUACCAAUCGGAAAACAAGUCUUCAGGAAUUUUCGAUGCAUUACGGCGUUGGUAUUACGGGAAUUAA